AUGGUAAUGCAUGCGAGGAAACUUCAAAGGAUUAGUGAUGGGUAAGGCCUACUUAAACUACCUCAAAAAUUUAAUUUGAACUCAUUUUAAAUCUUAAUUACAUUAUAAUUGUUUAAUUAAUUAUGUUUUAGGUAUUAUGACAAGAACCCGUCCCAUCAGUAUCAGGUAAAUAUUGGAUCCUAGUGAUAAUUGUAUUGAUACACAACUAUGUCCUUCAAAUUUUGGUUUUAACUUAAUGGUUGUUUAAAAUUACAUAAAACUGUAUAAAUUAAUAAAAAUCUGCUCCUGGGUAGUUGCUAGUAUGAAAUAUUCGGUUAUUUUUCCUUAAUUAAACGCUUUAAUAAUCAUUGAAUAACAAUUUUAAAUAGAUUACUAAUUAAAUUUUACUCUCUUGGAUAUCUAUUCUAAUAAAUCUAAAGUGAAUUUUAUUGAAUAUACCUAUAGGUAAUGAAAAAUUUAAUAUUAUUGAAUAAGUACAAGUGAUAACACUUAUUGAAUUCUGUUAAUUCUUCUAUAAAUGUUUAUUAAAAAUGUUUGCUUUAAAUAUGUAAUUCAACUUAAUGGUUUAAUGAUUUUAUUCAGUGGUUUACAAUAUGUUAGUUAAAUUAAUUUUAUUUACAUUAAAUAUUAUCUUAUUAAUUUAUUAUGAGCACUCAAUACCUACAAUAAAUUGUCUAUAUAUUUAAAUAUGAGUUAUUUUUAUUUUUCGUAUACUAACUUAAUUUAUUGCUAACAAUAUUUAAAAUUAAUUUUAUGCACAUAAUAUUGUUAUUUUUACAUUUUAUAUUUGGGUAGUUGGAAACUGUUAUGAAAACCUUAUUAUAAAUGUGUUUAAUGUAACUUGUGUUUUGUUGAGUGCAUACGCAAGAAUAAUUCAGUAUUACAUAGGUAUUGUAGUUUAAAAAUAAAUAACAUUUUAAUUCUUGAUUAAAACUAAGUAUAAUUAUAUAUUGUACAAAUAUAAAAAAAAUAUUAGCUAUUUACCACCAGACAAAAAUUUUUUAAAUUGUGUCAAAAUGGACCUUAGCAGAUUUGUUGGUUUCAAAAAGUUGAAAUGGAUUUUUAGUUUUGGAAGUAUUGGCAUAAUUUUAUGUAUGAACGGAUCUUAGGAGGUAGUGUGACAUUUUAUAUUUUAUGUCAUAAGUUUGUCAUUUUAAUUUUACAAAAAAAUGUUUAAAACUAUAUCUUUAUUAGUCAAUAUAUUUUAGAAUUCAUCUGUAAGGAAUUAAUUUUUGACCAAAUUUAAAUAGCUACUGAUACUAGUAUACUAGUACCUACUGUAAAUUAUAAAUAUUUCAUUUAAUUAAAAAAUUAUUUGUUUAUUGUACUUUUGUAACUGGUCUAAUAAAACUUCAAUUUACAUUUUAGAAUUCCAAAUAUUUAGUUUCAAAGAAUUCCAGCAGUGAUCAAAAAUAUGGCAGUGUUAGAGGAAAUGGUACCUCGUAUCCAAGUCCUGGUCGGGGAAGCCCAUCACGAGAUCGAUCAUAUUCUAGCAAAAGUUCUUAUCACUCUCAAAAAAGUCACAGAGAUAAGGAGAGAGAUUCUCGAGACUAUAAAUCUAGAAAUAGUGAUAAAUAUUCUGGUAAGUCCUUUAAAUUAAAUAAUUACUAUUUAAUUACAAGCCAUUAAAAUUUCCCUUCUAAGAUUCUUAAAAAUGAUGUUUGUUUUAUUCAUAUAUAGAAGAAAGAUUAUAUAUUAGUAUUGCUUUAACUUAUUGUCCGAUGUCAGUAUAUGAGUUCCUAGUUUAUUUUGCAUAAUCUAUAUUAUAAAUAAUAUGCUUCAUGCACAAUGUUUGUUAGAAUCAUUAAUGAAAAUAUUUGCCAGCAUUUAUUUAUAAUAUAGUUUUAAUUAAAUUACUUAUUUCAGAAAAUAAGCUUGAUAGGCACUGAACAGUUUUAAAUAAUAAGUUGAUAUAUUAUUUUGUUUACGCAUUAGGUAGUAAAGAACUACAUAUAACCCAUAUAAGUUAUGUGAACAACAUGACGUAGGUGUUAUUUUAUGAUAUUCAAAUCAUCAUUUAUUUUAUAUGGUAGUUAAUUUUAAAUAGAUUCAUAACUUGAAUUAUGUUAAACAAAUUAUUGUAAAAGUAUUUCGUAUUGGUGUUUGGUUUAAAACCUAUGUUCUCCUUUAUUUUAUAUCCAACUAGAGUUAACACUACUACAACAAUUAUAUUUGAAUAUUAGGUACUGUAAAUACCUAAAACAUUAUAAAUAUUUAAUAGACUUGUUUCAGCAUCAAAGUCCUGAUAGUUCUGAACUGGAUAAUGCUCGAAAACUUUAAGCUGUAUUGACCAACUUUGCCCAUGUGUGUAUACUAUGUGUACAUAAUCAAUUAUUUAUUAUUAACUAUAAUAUUAUAUAAAAUCUGACUGAUUUAAUGACAUAUAAAUACAAUAUUUCCUACACUGAAUUGAAAGAAAGAUUUUAUUUAUUGUAAUAUAGAUUUAUAAACGAUAGGAUAGGAUAAAAAUUAUCUUAUGUGUUUUUGGAACAUAUUCUAUCUACGUGCCAAAAUGUCGUCCAAAUCCAUUAGGCCGUUUAGGCAUGAUUGAAUCACAAACUAUUAUACUUUUUCGUAAUUUUAGUAGGAUAUGCUUAUUAUUGUAAAAGAAAAUAGACUAAUAACGUAAUAAUUUGUUGUUAGUAGGUUUUUUCAACACUAUUUUUUUAUAUGUAUAUGUGUGUGUGUAAACAACUUUUCUACCAGAAAUAAUGCUCCAAUCAAAAACUUUAUAGGAUCGUUCUUUUUACAUGUAUUUAUAUUAUAAUAUAACUAAACAAAAAUAUUAUAUUAGACAGAAAAAAAAUAAUUCCGUUAUAAUUUAAUUUUUUUUAUGGCUUUAAAUAUUGAAUCACUCACAUAUCAGUGGAUAGUUUUGUUUAACCCUAGGUCAAUAUAGUUCUAUAAAUAAUUUUUUUGGCCUUUCCUUCAAAUAAAAUACAAAAAAAUGUUUGAGCCUAUAAACAUCUAACAAAUGUAGGUAUCUGGUGUGGGAGGAUUCUUAAAAAAAAUUUAUAGUUUUUAAAAUUUGCAUAAGACUCAUCCAUACUAAUAUUAUACCCUCACCAGAGAUUGAUUUGUUUUUAAUAGUCCAUUCUGAAAUUUAAAGCUGUCUCCAUAUUAAAUUUUAUAAACAUCCAUUCAGUAAUUUAAUUAUGACUUGGUAACAUACAAAGUUACUUUUGCAUUUAUAAUAUUAGUAAGGAUACUUGUUAUCAAAUACAUUAGUCGGAAUUAGUUCUGAUUUACUAGAAUAUGUACAAAUUAGUAUAGAAAUUAAAUUUUUGAUUGAUGAAACACAUUUUAAAUAACUAUUUAGUGCUUGUUUAAAACUGGUUCAAUUAGUCUGAUGGAACAACCUAAUCAUUAAUUAUAUUUGUUUAAACAUUUUUUUCAAUUUUGGCACUAGUUUGGUGUGCUCAAUAUGUUUCCCCCUUUCUACACUUUUAUGUUUUUAAUUUCAAUCUAGAAUUUACAAAACUGGUAAGUAUUAAAAUGUCAACAAAAUUAUAUGAGUGAAUGGUAUACAUUUACAGUAGUUAAGAUUACAUUUACAGCAGUAUUGUUAAGAUUCGAGUUAGGUAAGUGACUAUUUCUCUCCCCCUCACCUAAAGGUGUGUGCCCUUCACUCUUCAAAUGAUUCCAGAUUUGUUGUUUACAUUCAAAGUUUAUAACAAUAAGAUAAGUGAUUUUUAUCUUUUAAUAUAUAUAUCGAAGGAAUUAAAUUAUUAUAUAGUAUUCUAUAUAGUAUUUCAAAUCUAUACCAAAGUCGAAAAUGUAGGUAUAUAGGUCACAUACCAAAGUAGCACCGUUGUUUUUCAAUAUGUUAAAAAAAAAAUCAGUAUAACAUAAUUAGUUUUAAUUUUAUAGAUUUAGAUAUACUUUACUGUCUUUAACUUGUGUAUUUAUUUUACUUUCAGAUUAUACUAGGUCUCCGAAAGAUAGACGAAGUAGAGAUGAAUAUAGAACAAACCACGAUAGGAAUAGUCCGGAAGUAAUCUAACAUUUUAUUAAUUUUGUAAAUUCGUUCACUAUUAACAAUAUAUUAUGUAAUACAAUAAUAUAUUUUCUUUAUAGAAAAUGUCGGUUCAUUCAGUAAAGUGGACAAGUUCUAGAGAAUCUAGAGAAACUAGAGAAUCUGGUCCACGUAAAGUUGUUCAUAGCUCUUGCCAGGUAAAUAUUGAUCUCUAAUACUAUAUUUAUUAUUUAUACUCACAAUUAAAUAAUUUUAUUUAUCAAUUUACCGAUUAAUCGAUUUGGUUAUACUUGUAGAGAAUACAAGUUUGCAAAUAAUAUUAUGAACAACACAUUAAGGGUCCUAGGCUACUGUUUUUCAGCUUUAAAACACUAAGGAAAAAUUUUAUGAAUCUUGUUGAGCGCACACCUAUGCUGAUAUAGGUCUAUCUUCUUUGCCUGCAUAAUUGUGUACAGCCAUAAACCUAUUGUAACAGCCUCAUAAAUUGUGUCUUUAAAAAGCAAAAUAUAUGUCUCAACAAUUAUGUUACAUCUGCUGUUUUUGCACAACGCGUCCGAAAAAAUAAUUAUUAGAUAUUCUAUAGGUUUGAUGAUGUACUCAUUAAUAUUAAUUUGGUUUUAGCUAGUUUAAUCAAUUAUCAGUACUUUAUUUGUAAAUAUCACUUAACAAUAAUUUAUUGUUGAAAAUUAUUCUGUUUGUGUUAAUCUCAGUGAAACUGCAAUCUUUUAAAUGUAUCUGAUAAUUUUAAAUUUCAACUACAACAAUAUAAUAAUAGAAAUUCACAAAAUAUUUAAAAAUUAACAAUUAUAUUGUAUGUAUUAAUUACAAAUUUGCUUUCCAAAAUGUUUUUGUUUCUGAGUAAAGCGAGAAAAAUAUAUUGGUUGUACAAUGAUGUUUAUAACUUUUCUACCAGUAAUUUUUGCUCCGAUUUUCAAUUAUAGAACUUUCUUUGAAAGAAAAUUUCACUGGGGUGGUACUUUUUUAAGGAGGUAUUUUUUGAUUUUCCCAGGAAAGUUUCCCCAAAAUGGGCAAAUAUACAAAAUGCAUUAGUAAAAUAUUACAGUACUUUUUUUUUCUAUUAACAAUUUUUCUGAAAAGUAAUCUGAUUGGGUUGGUACUAUAGGAGAUUAUUUUUUGAUUUUCCUAGAUGUUUUUAUAAUAAAUUGAAAAAAAAAAACUUGAGAUAAAUGGGAAAAUAGGCAUAAUUUUAAGUAGAUUUUAUUAAAGAAAAUACAUAAUGCUUAUGUAAUUAUUUACCAUAAUAUGCCAGAUAUAUAUUGUUGACAAAGAAACAUUAUUAAUUUGUUAACAAUAGAUAAUCAUUGUGUAUAGAUAUACAUUAAAUUUUCCCUCUACUUUCCCAACUUCUCACCUACAACAGUAGCCCACCCAUUGUGCGAAGUUUGUCUAUAUAUUUUAUAAUACUUACUUAAUACAUAUUUCUAUAAAUGACAGUCAUAGAUAAAUAAAAGUUUUUAGAAAAUUAUGUACUUAUCAAUUAUUAAUGAGGAUUCAACUUAGACCUUACUUCACAUUAUGCAACUCUGACAAAAUCCCAUUUUUGGAUGUAAUUCGAUUGCGCUGAUUAUAUUUUUUGUUAGAAAGAACUUCUUACAGCCCUCAUUAAACUCCGUUUUUCAGUAUUUUAAUCCCUAAUUGUAUAACUUACAAAAAGUCAAUUUUCAGCAUUUUUUAUUCUAUUAUUUGAACCGCUACACCAAUAGAACUCAAAUUUUCUUGAAUGAAAUCGAUUUUUUUGAACACUGAAUUUUGAUUUAUCCAAUUUUCCUCAAUCAACUGAAUUAUACAAUGAUUUUUUUUUUCUUAUUACUCAGUAAUUUAAUACUUAUGUUUUUAAGUAUAAAUACAUACACAAUUUUGUCUUGCUCAUAAUUUUUAAUCGAAUGGGCCUAGAUUUCACUGAUAGAAAGCCAAUAUCUGAUAUUCGAAAUCAAAAACUAUGAAUUAAUAUUGAAAUAAGUCAGUAUAUUAGUUGAAAACCUGAUUUAUUAAUGCUUUUUUCUUAUAAACCACAGGCAUAAUAGACAUUUCUCUCUCUAAAUAUCUGUUUAUAAUAUGUUCACACCUUAUCACCUUCCAAAAAAUGUAUUUUCAUCUUGCCAAAAUAUUUAUUGUUCUCUGAAAAAAUUAUCACAAAUAUGUAUGUCUGGCUUGACAUUUUCUUUGUUUUUAUAAGACCUUUGUAUAUUAAUGUUAUAAUUUAAUAUUCACCAAAAAAAAAAAAUUUGAUAUAUUCUAUUUAUUUUAGUACAUUAAAGAUACACAAAGAUAAAAUCAUUUGUCUAUGUAGUUUUGUACUAAUUUACAUAUAUUAUAUAGAGUAAUAGCAGCAGUAGUAAUAACCGUGAAUCCCGGUCUGGUGGGGGGAGUUCAAUAGUUACAAAAGUUGGUGAUUGGUCCGAACACACAAGUUCUUCAGGAAAAAAAUACUAUUAUAACUGCAAAACUGAAGUAUCACAAUGGGAUCAGCCAAGAGAAUGGUUAGAAGCUUAUCCUGCAUCGCAACCUUCUCGGACACAAUACCACCAUGGUAAGUAUUUUAGUUAAAAAGCUAUUGUUAUAGUUUCCAAAAUAUAAUUGUAAUUUGAUUUUUACAGACAAACAUUCCAAUAACUCUAUAAUGAGGUCAUCAUCUAUGAGCAAUCAUGUGAAUAAGGUUUCGCAGCAGUCUUCACAACAAGUUAAUUGUUCAAGUAGGCAAACCCAUCAUCAAAAAGAUCCGUAUUGGAAUCAAAUGCGAAGUAAUAAUCUUCCAAUAAAUGUGUCUGAGUGUAAUAAUAUAGAUAGGCUUGAACAAGAUGGGCCAACAAUAAUCAAUUCCUGUAAGUUAAACCAAAUAUUUUAAUUUUUUUACAAAUCCAUACUUAUAAAAAGUAGAUAAUGUAUUUCUGUACUUUUUAUUUAUUUAAAUACAAGUGAGACCAGACAUUUGAGUUUGUAUGUACAUUAACAUAAAUUAUCAUUAUCAUAAAUCUAGGUGACUCGUCACAAACACAAGAUAUGGAAUUGUGUAGUGGCAAUAGCACUCCUACUUCAGAAAAAUCCUUUCAACUAUCAAAUGCACCAUCACAGAGGCAUACUAAUUCUACUCCUCAAUUACAAGUAUUUUAUAUUUUACAUUUUUAUAUAUGUAUAUGUGUGUAUAUAUUAAUCAGAUGUUACAAAUUAAGGUUAAGGCAGCAGAUGUAAAUAGUGAACCUUGUGAAAGAACAAAUGUUGAUAUUGGAUCAACAACACCACCAUUAUCAAAUGUAACUCAAAAUUUAGUGGAGUCAACUACCAAUAAUGUUGAUCGAGGUCCACCUACUCCUACAAGCACAGAAAUUAAUAAUACUCAGGAAGCUAAUAAAGGUAAUAAACUAUCAAAAGAAUAUUUAUUUUAUUUUUUGUUAUACUGAAAUCAGGGCAAAUGUUGUAAAUAUGUUUAUUUUGUGUUGUGUUGUAUGUAUGUUAAACAAUUUGUGCAAGUUUGGAUGUGUUCGCCACAUAUCAGCACAAAUGAUCUGUCGGACAUGGGUAUUGCACCACAACAUAGAUUUACACUGUGAACUUGCCACAGCAUUGUUCUAGUGUAAAAAUAACAUAUAUUAUUGAUAUAAAUUUAUUUUUUUAGUUAAUACAUUUCUGUAGAGUUGUUAAAAUACAAGAUUUUAUUUUUAUAUUGUAUUUAAGGUUUAAUACAUGUAGUACUUGAGAAUUAUUUUAGAGUAAAUUAGUAUUUAAAAUCAUGGUACCAAUCCUGAUAUAUCUAUUUAGGGAUUAUAGCAGCAAUCGUUACGAAUAAAGACCGAAUUUAAUUGCAUUUAAAACACUCAAAAAUUGCAAAUUAAAAUUAUAUUAUUGCACCAAAAAAUAUGUUAAAAUUGUAUAAUAAAUUGCAUUAUAAAAAUGUAAAAGUUAAAUAAAAAAAAUUAGAUAAAUAUUACUAUCUUAAUUAAAAUUGAUAAUUACAUACAUUUCUAAAUUAUUUUCAUUAAAAUUGAAUCUUUUAUUAUUACUUAAAAUAUGUAUGUACAAAAAAACAAUAUGUUCUAUGUCUACACUAGUUAUUGUUGCAUAUUUAAAACAAUUUAAUAGUAUCUAAAUUAACAUUUGCUUUACCUAACAUGACUAAAGUUUUAUACCCUUCAUUUUUUUCAAUUACUUUAAUUUUUUCCCCAUUUGGACCAAGAAUAUUCAUUAAAAUAUCUUCAAUUUUUCUAAAAAAUAUCUAUGCUUUUCAGUAAUUCACUAUUAGAUUCUUUCAAAUUUUUAAGAUUCAUGGAUAACUUUGAUGAGUGUAAUUUAAAGAAUGUUAAAUCACAUUUGUUUGCUUUAUUUUUUACAAACUGUUUCAACUUUUAGACACUUGUAACAUCAUCUGUUAAAAUUUCAUUCACGUUUUUAAAUUCUUCAAAAUUAUUUGCAUAGAAAAGAACAGCAUUUAACCAUGUUCCCCAUUUUGUAAUAAUAGAUUCGGGUGGUAAAGGUAUACCCACCAUUUCUUUACUGUAUUAAUUUAUUCUCAAUGGUCCUUUUAGGAAAACUUUUUUUCCUGAAUAAAUGAAAAUUAGUGGUUAGGUUAGGUUGGAAGAGCGCAGUGCACAAGGGAGUGUACCUAUUUUGCGUUGUACAUUAAUAAUAAUAAUUAAUAACUAAUAUUUUUUAUAUUUAUACAUACCUUCUGUUUGAAAUAAUUUGGUACCAUGUGGAUGACACAAUUUUAGACAGAUGUAUAAUACCCACUCAUAUUUUAACUUCUUCGUGACAAUGUUUAAUGUAUAUUUUGCUAGUAUGAAAGUGGCUUAAGUCUAAUUCAAAAUGGAUUGAAAUACAAAUUUUUUUUAGUUAAAUCUAACUUAUAUUAUAGAUAAAAGUUAUCAAUAUUAGUGAUAUUUUGUAAAAUAUGAAUAGGUUAUUGUUUACAACUUGUCACUAAUAAUCUCUUCGGAAAGAAGAUACAAUUUUUAUUUUAUUUUUGCUUCAUAGGACUUAAAAUUUUAAAUAUAAAUAAAAAUAAUAAAUUACAACAUUCUAUUAACCUCAAUUUACUAGUAAAUUUAAAUUUGUUAAGAACAGAUUUUAUAAAUAACUUGUGUAUUCUUUAUUGAAUUAUAUAUUAACCAGUUAUUUUUAAUUAUGCAAGAACAAUUAAACUUAAUUUGAAAACAAUAAAUUUAAUAGUUAAAUUAGUUAAUACAAUAUAUUAUAUUGCAUUUUCAAGAUGUAACAAUGAGUGUAGAUAAAUAGUAGAGGCCAUUAAUUCCUAAUCCAAUAUGGACCAGCUGAGUUGUAAAAUAUUCAUGUUUGGUCUGGUUUUUUUGUGUACAUAUAAAAAUCAGGUUUAGUUUGAAAAUAUCGUUCAAUGCCAACCCGACCCAGGUUGGGUUGAGGGAGGCCUGUGUGCCCCACCAAAAAUAUACAGUAUUGGGGCACACAACAUAGGAUCUGGUGAUUAGUAUAAAUACUAUAGAAGAGUUUCCGAGACUCAAUGCCACCCAUUUAUUUAACAUAGGAAGAUUAGGAGUAAUAUAUCCUCAAAGCCCUGGUGGUAUAAAGUUAAAAAUUAAAAUUAAAGUAAUGAUCAGCGUGUUUUUGUAGAAAAAAAAAUUUAAAGAACCUAGUCCUCGCUGGUAUUUAAUAACUAGAGUUUAUUUAUUCUUUUAAUUCUUAAUCAACUCAAAAAAAAAAAAAAAAACUAUCUGAAAGAUAAAUCAAAUUUAUAAUGAAAAAACAAGGAAAAACUUGAAAUUUAAUUCAAGUUUUUUUCUGAAAAUUAUUAAUUGACCAUAAUUUUCUUAUAUUAAAACCUAUUGUAUAGUUAGUCAUACUAGGUUUUUCAUCAUUUAACUAAUAUGUUAUCUGCGUUAUUCAAUUUUUAUCGAUAGACUAUAUGAAAUUCAAGCCAAAAAUAAUGUUAGAAACUCAAAACAGUUAUCUCUUAAAUGCUAAACAAUAAUUAAAGGAACAAAUGAAUUUCAGUCAUCUUCACCUAUUGUUGCAUCUUAAAAAUGCAAUAUAACUUAAGAAUAAAUGUUGUUUUUUUUUAUGUAGUUUUGGCAUUUAGAGAUUUUAAGGUUAUUUAUAUUAUCUUUAUAUUUUUAGAAUAAAAAAUACAUUCAUAUUUAAGUUGUAUUUAUUAAGUAAAUGAAAAAACACUUUAGGAAGUCCUGUAACGAGCCAUGCGGAACAAGUGGCUCAAGCAACUGCUGUUAUGACUUAUAGACAGUUAAGUACAACAACGUCUCCUGCAGUUUCAAGUUAUGUACGGGAAGAUUUGACAUCGCAUGUCAAAACCUGGCAAGCAGAUAUAUUGGCAAAACAGGUAUUAUAGUAUAAUAUGUCUUAAAAAAUACAAAUUAAGAAUCCUUGAGAAUAUCUAAUUAAAUACUUAUGUAAUUUUUAAGGCCCAAAAAUUAAGCGAAGAAGCCCAUAUAUUAGGUAGUGUACAUUGUUCACGUGUAUCUGCUGAACUAAAAUAUGCACGAUCUAUUGUUCGAUUAACUGAAGUACAAGCAUCCUUAUUAGAACACAAGUGAGUUUUAAUCAUACUAGAAUUUUAAAUUAUUUCUUAAUAUUUUAUUUGGUUUCAGGGUGUUAUUUUUGCAGCAACAAAUUAAAACUUUAGAAAAACUAAAAUCUGAAAACUCAUUUAUGGGUGAAGGAGAUGAAGGAAGGAUAACCUAA